AUGCCACCACGGCAAUUAUGGAGGCCUCACGGCUCAGCCGAUGAGAUCGAUAUACAGCUUACAGGAUGGGAAUUGGUCCGUAUUCUCAAAUACUUACAGAAUAAGUCAUUAUUCUUCUUAACAUUGCUCACAAAGACAUCAAGUUCAGCAAUGCCUUAUAUUAUGUCUCUUAUCCAAGGUGAUUUAACAACUAUAUUAGUUGACAAGUAUUUCUCAGAUGGUAACAAGUUCAAACAAGAAGUCAACAAUGUAGCGAAUAGAUUAUACCUUACUGUUAUCAUUACUUUUGUUCUUGGUGUACUCAACACCAUUGUUGAAUCAAACUUUGUACCACAAUUUUUAAGAGAUCUUAAAGCAGCAGUCAUGAAAGCACUCAUGAAUCAUGAUAUUGAAUACUAUGAUCAAACAGAGACCGGUGUAAUCAUUGCUCGUAUCACUGAUGAUGUCGGAAAUGCAUAUUCUGCUUAUACAAACAAUAUCCUUCAAUUAGCACAGUCAAUGGUUUCCUGGGUUAUUGGUUUGAUCGUAUGCUUCACGAAAUCACCGAAACUUACUGUUUACCUUCUAUUUGUUGCUCCUCUCUACGUAAUUAUUGAGCGUCUUCGAAAUAGAAAACUUGAUGCUCUUUGGCUUGAAUACAACAACUGUUCCACAACAGUUUCAGCCAAAGCAACAGAAAUAUUAACCUCUUUCAGAACUGUUCGUUCAUUUGACGCUGAAUUACGCGAAUAUCAAAUUUACAAACAACAAUUAUUCGAUGUACACAAAGUUGUCAAAAAGAACAGUUACAUACACGGUGUUAGAGAGUUCUGCAGCUCCAUUGUCCAGUGGGGAUCAGCCGCAAUGAUACUUUACAUCACAGGAACUCAAGCAGCUCGUGGAGAAUGCGAGCCAGGAGUAAUUGUAGUGUUUUUGACUAUCUCGGAUAUGUGGAAUUCCGCAUUCGCAGGUAUUUUCUCGCUGUUCGCUGAGUUCAAGAAGGCCAACGUUUCGUCAGCGAAAUUAUUGGAAAUAUUGGAGAAGGAACCAUCGAUAAAACGCGAUCAGGGAAGAAAAUUGGAUCAUGUAGAAGGCAGAAUUGAGUUUAAGAAUGUCGUUUUCAAGUACGCAACAAGAGAAAAACCUGCAUUAAACGGAUUAGACUUUGUUGUCGAACCAAAUACAACUGUCGCUAUUGUAGGUGAAAGUGGAUGCGGCAAAUCAACAAUUCUUCAGUUGAUUGAGAGGUUCUACGAUGUUCAAGAAGGUCAAGUAUUAAUUGAUGGUAUUGACGUCAAAGACAUCGCUCCUGAAUCACUUAGAAGUUUCAUUGCAUUCGUUCCUCAAACUCCUACGAUGUUCUCUAUGUCAAUUAAAAAUAAUAUCAGAUAUGGAAAACCAGAAGCACACAGAGAAGAAAUUAUUUCGGCCGCUAAGGUUGCCAAUGCACAUGAAUUCAUUAUACAGCAGCCACAAAGCUAUUCUACUGAAGUUCACCAAAAUUCUCUUUCUGGCGGUCAAAAACAAAGACUUUGCAUCGCUAGAGCUGUCAUGAAAGAUGCUCCAAUACUCCUCCUCGAUGAAGCAACAGCAGCUCUCGACGCAGAAUCAGAAAGACUCGUUCAAGAUGCAAUCGGUUCUUACAGAGUUGGCAAAACAGUUAUUAUCGUCGCCCAUAGACUUUCUACCGUCAAAUACGCUGAAAAAAUCCUUGUUCUACAGGAAGGACACGUAAUUGAAAGUGGAAACCACGAAGAACUUAUGGCAAAAGGUGGAGCAUACGCAGAACUCGUCAAGAACCAACUUCAGUAA